AUGGAAAAUCAAGAAAGGCAAUACUUUGCAAGACCACAACCCCAAAACUAUAUCCAGCAAGGAUCUGAUGGGCGAUUACAAUACGCAUCCUUAGGGCCUCUACCAAGUGCUCCUCCUCCUAUACAGUCUCAACCUAUUCAGGCUCCUCAAGUUCUUGCUCCAAUCCCUAACCCAAAAUUCCACAAAGUCAAGAAGCUAAGGGACAAAUGGGCAAAGUGGGUAAGAAUAACCUCAUUCCUAAUGCUAGGCAUAGCUGUCUUUGACAUCAGUUUGACUUUAUUCAAAUUUGUAACUCCUAGUGACGAUCUAAAUGGAGCUCAUCACCAAUUUCAGCCAACUACUUCUAUUCUCAUUUUCAAAGCUAUUGUUGACUUCUCGCUUAUGGGGACUUCAAUAUUUGGCUUGAGAGCUGGCAAAAAAAGAGACUCUUUGUCUGCUAAAAAGUACUUAAAGGCUGUUACGAUUUUAGCCAUAUUUUUAAUUGUUGCUACAUUAUUAUAUAGCUUUUGCUUCUUAGGAAAUGUAAGCAGAAGAAAUGAAGAAAACUAUGCAGAUGAGGACAAAGAAGGACCAGAAGGCAAGAAGCCUUAUGAUAGUCAUGAGUCUUCAAGAGAGUCAGAAAAUAGAGAGCCAAGAGAUAAAGAAGGCCAUAGAGGCUAUCAAGGUAAAAACCCUAAUGAAGACUAUGAAACUAAGAUUCAGGAGAGUCAAAACUUAUACCCAAAAGACAAUAAAGAUAACAGACCAACUCCACCUGAAAGGGAACAAGACAAUAAAUCAGGCCAAAGAAAUGAUAAUGCACCAAACCACAAUAAUCCUCCUAAUGCAGAACAAGAUGAAGAAGAAGAUUUCCCACGUCCUCCAGAAGAUGGUGAAGAAAAUGACUCUCACCCCCCACAUGAUGAACAAGAAGAAGACUCUAACCCGCCUCCACCUCAUCAUGGCAAUAGACAUGGACAUAAAGGCAAAGGCUCUAGGCAUCCUCCUCCACCUCCUGAAGACAAUGAAGAGGAAGAAGAAUUUAAUCCUCCAGAAGAACAUGAAGAGGAAGAAGAAUUUGACCCAGCUGAAGAUAGAGAAACACCUGAGGGAGAGGCUGAGUCACAAUCACACCAUAGAGAAAAGAAGUCUGGACAUAGAGGAGAAAAGUCUCGUCCACCAAUGCAUGAUGAGCAAGAAGAUGAAGAUGAAGAUUUCCCGCCUCCACCUCCACCUCAUCAUGGAAAUAGACAUAGAGGAAAAGGCUCCAGGCAUCCUCCUCCACCUCCAGAGGAUGAAGAUGAAGAUUUCCCACAUCCACAUCCAGAGGAUGAAGAUGAAGAUUUCCCACAUCCACCUCCAGAAGAUGAAGAGGAAGAAGAUUUCCCACCUCCACCACCAGAAGAUGAAGAAGAGAAGGAGGAAGAAGAAAAGCUUAAUAAUUCAUCUUCAGAAGCUAAUAGACCACAAGAAAAUGAAAUAGAAUCAGAAGAAAAUGGUGAAUUUCCCCAACCACCUCACCACAAAGGUAAAAAAUCAGGAUGCAAAGGCAAAAAAUCCCAUAAGCCAUUAGAGGAAGACCAAGAAGGACGCUCAAGGAGACAUCAUCAACAGCCUCCACGUGAAGAUGAAAGAGAAGGUAGCUUUGAAGAAGAAAGAGAUCAAGCCCCUCAAGAAGAAAGAGAUAGAGACUUUGAUGAAAAAAGAAAUGGAAGACGUCAAAGAGGCCACAGAGACCAUCCUGAUGAAGAAAGAGAAAGAGAUGGAAAAUUUGAAGGAAAAAGAAAUAGAAGACAUCAAAGGAACCAUCAUCCUGAUGAAGAAAGAGAAGAGGAUGGUGAAUUUGAAAGAGAAGAAAACAGAAGAGAUCAAAGAGGUCACAGAGAUCAUUAUGAAGAAAGGGAAAAUGAAUUUGAAGGAGAAAGAAAUGAAAGAGAUCAAAGAGGUCAUAGAGAUCACCCUGAGGAAGAGGAUCGCGAAUUCGAUGAAAAAGAAAAUGGAAGAAGCCAUAGAGAUCGUCCUGAGGAAGAAGGUGAAAGAGGUCACGAAUUCGAAGGAGAAGAAAAUGGAAGGGGCCAAAGAGGUCAUAGAGAUCGUCUUGAGGAAGAAGGUGAAAGAGGUCAUGAAUUCGAAGGAGAAGAAAAUGAAAGACUUCAAAGAGAUCACAGAGAUCGUCCUGAAGAAGAAGGAGAUCGUGAAUUUGAAGGAGAAAGAAACAGAAGAGGUCAAAGAGACCACCGAGAUCGCCCUGAAGAUGAAAGAGAAAAUGAAUUUGAAGGAGAAAGAAGCGAAAGAGGUCAAAGAGGCCACCGAGAUCGCCCUGAGGAUGAAAGAGAAAAUAUUUUUGGUGGAGAAAGAAGGGAAAGAGGUCGUGAAGAUGAAAAUGAAAGAGAUCGUGAUUUCGAUGGAGAAAGAGAUGAAAGACAAGGAAAUAGAGGAAGAAAUCAUCCUAAUAAAGGCCUUAAACUUAUUAUAGGUGUGGUGGCUUGCCUGUUGGCUACGCAAUCACCAGGGAUCUCCUAGUAGAUUCAGUCUCUUUGGGACAUCGCCAGAGAGGCUGCAUGCUAAAAUGACGCGUAUUUUUGAUAGUGUCACAUUUCCUAGGGAAAAUUUGUUCUAAGCGGACGCUGCCAUGAUCAGCUAUAGAAAUUGCCCGAGGAUGGCGCUAUAUUGCGCCAUCCUCGGGCAAUUGGAGACACGGCUCCACACGGGAAUUUGUGUUCCACGUGGGAAAAUGUGGAUUCCACACGUGGAAAAAUGUGGAUUCCACACGUGGAAAAAAUGGCUCCACACAUGGAAUACGGCUCCCGUGUGGAGCCAAUUUUCGCUUGCCCUAGGAUGGCGCCAUAUAGCGCCAUCCUAGGGCAAAUCCUAUAUAUUAAGGUUCGGUGGUUCCGUAUACUCCUUGCCUUUUCGGCUCCAGUGGUGAGUGGUAAAGCUAGGACUUCUGUGACUUUGCUGGGCUAGACGAAGCUGCCUAUACAAAAAUCCCAAAAAAUGGUAAAAAGGAAAAAUUCAAAACCUGAGGCGUAAUUCUUAGUUCACUUUAGAAAGUUUCGAUUGGUCUAGACAUUGCCUGUAGAUGAUGCUGGGAUUCCAUUUCCAAACUCUGAACCCAUCUUUUCCCUUGAGAUAAAAUCCAAUUCUGAAAGUAGUCUAAGUUUGGCUGUAUGCAUUGCCAGAGCUGCUUACUUAGCAUAGCUACCCAUUUCUGGGUUGGAAAAAACUUGCCGAUUUAAAUAAAUAUGUGCUCGAGGCUGCAUUGCCGGGAUGCAAUACCCAAACCAAGACACAUUAUUUAAUUAUAUCAUAAUAAAGGCCAAUAUCCUGAAGACGAAGUAGAAGAAAAUGAAAGAUCUCACACAAAUAGAGACCAAAAUGACAGAAGAGGUAGCCAUAAUGAAGAAAGAAAUCACCCUAACAGAGGAGAAGGAGAAGAAAGAAAUGAUAGGGAUGGUAGCCACUACAGAGAAAGCAACGGAAGCUUACAAGGCAAACACAAUGGAAACCAUAACGGUGGCCAAGACUCUUCAGAGAGACCUGAAAAUGCUGAGCAUAAUAAAAAUGGAGAUCAUGAAAAACAAAAAAGGGAUAGACAUGAAGAAAGUGGUGAAGGAGAUGAAGACGGUGAAAUAGACGAAAGAGAAUUCAAAUCCCACAUGAUUCCAGGCCUUGCCAUGACAACUCUCUGCAUUUUCGCAGUUUUUGCGUUUUGCAUUAUAUGUGCGAAAAAGCUCUACAAGAAUGCCAAGAAAUUCGAAGGCCUAUCUCCCCAAAUUCAGCCUUACAAUGCGAUGCCAAUGGGUUCAGGACAAUUUGCUUCCUAUGCACCUGUCGGCUCAGCAGUCCACCAAAACUAA